AUGUCUGGAAAAGGUGGUAAAGCUGGUUCUGCUGCUAAGGCUUCUCAAUCAAGAUCUGCCAAGGCUGGUUUGACUUUCCCAGUCGGUAGAGUUCACAGAUUGUUGAGAAAAGGUAACUACGCUCAAAGAAUUGGUUCUGGUGCCCCAGUGUACUUGACCGCCGUGUUGGAAUAUUUAGCCGCAGAAAUUCUAGAAUUGGCUGGUAACGCUGCCAGAGACAACAAGAAGACCAGAAUCAUCCCUCGUCACUUACAAUUGGCCAUCAGAAACGAUGAUGAAUUGAACAAGUUGCUAGGUAAUGUUACUAUUGCUCAAGGUGGUGUCUUGCCUAACAUUCACCAAAACUUGCUACCAAAGAAGUCCGGUAAGCCAACUAAGGCCUCUCAGGAGUUGUAA